AUGACACUAACAACAGCAGGACAUGAAGCUAUAAAUAGUUCGAUGUCUUGGGCUUUAUACUUACUUGCACAACAUCCACACGAACAAGAUUUAUUACGUGAAGAAUUGGUUAGGGCCUUUCCUGAUAAAUCAAACUUCAAUCCUACAUUUGAUGAAAUCAAUACUUUGGAAUACUUAAAUUGUAUAGUUAAAGAAGUAUUAAGAUUAUAUCCAAUAUUAACUACUUUACAACGAGUUAAUGCUAAAGAUCAAACCUUUGGCGAAUAUUUUAUUCCAAAGGGUACUACUCUUGAUAUUCCAAUUUUUACACUUCAUAGAUUACCUUCAAUUUGGGGACCAACAGCUGAUAUUUUUGAUCCAAAAAGAUGGUUAAAUCCUUCUUUAAUUAAGGAUGUAACAAAUUAUAAUUAUUUGCCUUUCAGUGCUGGGAUUAGAUUCUGUCUAGGUCACAAAAUAGGCCUAAUUGAAAUUAAAAUAUUAUUAAGCGUAUUAAUUAGAAAUUUUGUUUUUCAAACUGUUAAAGGAUUUCCUCUAAAGAAAAAAGCUGGUUUUGUUAGUAAGCCCGAUUCCAGCCUUAAAUUAGCCGUUUCUAAAGUUGAAAUUUAA